CCGCACAAUGGCGCCCGUCGGCCGGCGGCGAAGUGCGUCAGCCCGCCGUCCCGGACUACAACUCCCAGAUGCCCCCGCGGCGUGCCAGCUCGCCUCACCCAGCGGCGGCCAUCUUGACCGGCCGGUUAGGGGCGGCAGGCGAAGCCAGGGAAGGCAGGAGGAGGGCACUCGUCGAUGUCCCUCGGCGGUCCAGCUAGGCAAGGGGAAGCCUCUGAUGAGGGACGCUAGGCCGCAGGGCCCCACACUAAUGUGGGCGGUGACCCGAGCUGGAAGAGAGUCGUGCCCUGCCACGAAGGCGACCACUCUUGGGGCAGAGCAGAAGCUGGAGAUAGGAAAGGAGCUGGACAGGGGUCAGGCCGGAAGUGCGGAGGAGAGGAAACUGAAGUCUCUAACUGUCCAGGACCUGGUGUGUGCCACCAUCGUUGGACCCAGGGUGCUCUCGUCUUCCUUGGAAGCUCAGGACAAGGAGGUAUUCUCUUGGCUUCCUCAAGGACCGACAUCUGGUGUUUUCGUAUCUUCCUUAGGUCCCAGGUCCUGGUAUGGUCUUGUCUUCUUGGGAUCUGAGGGCCUUGAUGAUCUCUCUCGGUGCUCAGGGCACUGUGCACUCUUUCUUAAUAUUUCCUGGCAGGUCUCAGCAGUCCUCUGCCUCCCUCUGGUGGUCCUGUACAUUGCCUGCUAAACUUGUUCCACGGGUUGUUAGUUUUUUUGGUCACUGUGGAGGAUCCAACCUCAGGCUACACGUUGUUUAAUUGUUGUUGCUGUUAGUGUGUUGAUUUUGGCAUAGGAGUAUUUACUUAGAGACUGCAGAUAUCUUACAGUCUAAUAAUAUUUCCUUGGAUUUUUCUUGUCUAUUAUAGAUAUAACACUAUCCCCAAUUAAUAAGUAAUUUGAUAUCUUCCUUUUCCAUACUUCAACUUUAAAAAAGUAACAUUGUAUAGUCCUAGCUAGUAUGACAGAGCUAUGUCAAGUAGUCAUGUUUACUAAUAGUCAGUCUUGUUUUGUUCCGGAUUUGAAUAGGGAUACGUCUAACCCUUCAUAUUCAAGUUUGAUGGAGGCCCUUAAUCGCAAGGAAGCAAACCCCCUUAGAAAUUCUUUUUUUUUUUUUUUUUUCUUGAGACAGGGUCUUGCUCUGUCACCCCGGCUGG